AUGGGUGAAAGUAGCAAAUCUUCUCUUCGGAUAGACUGGUUCGACGGGACCCUCAUAGAAGAUGUAAGACCAAAUACCUCAUCUACAACGGACUUCGCUGAUGAAGAACAGCCGGAACCUAAAAAACCUGAUAAACCACAAUAUACCGAAAAAAAACCUAUAGGCUUCAAAAGACUCCACGACAUUUCCUUGUUACAGCCUCCAAUUUUAAAUUUAGAAGUUGCCCAUAGACCUGGGUUCUGGAAUUUGUUUGAUGAAAAGGAAUUGAAAGGCGAUUUCAUAGUUUUAAUACUAAAAAUACUGGCUAGUAUAUACAAAUCCUUAGAACCUGGUGAAAAUUCGAAGCUUGUGAAAAUGUUGAAAACCAGAUUUCAAAAUUCGAACUUUUUAGUGUAUUUAAAAAGUUAUUUGGAUGAAUUACCUAGUGUUAGAAUAUCAGAAAAAAAGUUGAAUUUUCAUUUAUGGGAUGAUGCAGAAUCAUUUUAUGUUAAUGUGACUAAUUUAUGUGAAGGGAUAAUAUGUUUUGAUAGUAAUAACGAAGAGUUUAUUAAAGAAAUAUUAGAUUUAUUAGAAAUAGUAGAAGUGAGUGCUAUUGGUGUUUGUGAAGAGCAUACAGAACGAUUCAGUGAGGAGUUAUUUGUGAAAAUAGAAACUUUAAAGUUUAAAGCAAUGUCACUACUAAAAGGUCAGAGUACAAGUGAUUUGGCUGGCACUGAGCCAACACAGAUUGAUGAUAGGAACUAUUUCAAGAACCUGAACCUAUUUCCUACACAAGAUGACUUGUUACUAGACAGUGAGGUUCCAAUUGAACCAAACAUAAUUAAUGGAGCGUACCCAAGUGUGGAACAUUAUUUAGACAUACAGUUUAAAUUAUUGAGAGAGGAUUGUUUUGGACCUUUACGUGAAGGGAUAUGUAAAUAUUUGGCGAACCCGACUAAGAGAAGGCAUGAGCACAUCAGAGUGUACCCAAAAGUUCGGAUCCUACGUAACUACGUAAGCAAUAAUAAAGUUGGCCAUCUAGUAGACAUAGCAUAUCAGGAGAGAAUAAAUAAUGGCGCUAUUAAUACAAAGAGAUAUUCGUACAACAAGCAGCUUAUGUUUGGGUCUUUAUUGCUAUUCACUUGUGAUAACUUUGAGAGGAUUCUUUGUGCAACUGUAUUGGAUUCUAAUUUUAAUUUACUGAGUGAAGGAUAUGUAGCAGUAUCAUUUCAAAACCCAACAUCAAAGAGCAUAUUCUCAGAAUCAUAUCUCAUGGUUGAAAGCGAAGUCUUCUUUGAACCCUACCAUAGAGUUUUGAAAGUACUUCAGGAGUCUAGGCUUGAUGAUUUGCCAAUGAAGAGGUAUAUUGUAAAUGUUCAGACGGAAACUCGACCUCCUUCCUACUUAUCAGAAGAAACUAUAUAUACACUAGCCAACGAAAAAGAAGAAAUACCAUUCCCAGUGCUAGAUACAGAACAGUGGCCUCCGAAUUUGUUAGACCUGGAUAGUUCCCAAAUGGAAGCCUACAAGUUUGCGCUUACCAGAGAAUUUGCCGUCAUUCAAGGUCCACCGGGUACAGGUAAAACGUAUAUAGGAGUCAAAAUCGCAUCUACAUUGCUCAGAAAUCUGUCCCUUGAAGGUUCACCGAUGUUAAUAAUCUGCUACACAAAUCACGCCCUAGAUCAAUUUCUAGAAGGAAUUUUACAUGUAACUGAAAAUAUAGUCAGGCUUGGCAGUCAAAGCAAAAGUCCGGAUUUAGAGAAGUAUACUUUAAACAAAUUAAGAACGAAAGUUAAGUCAAAAUACUCUUAUCUGUAUGCGAAGAAGCGAUCAGAACUAGAGACUAUAUUUAAGCAAACGACAGAAGUACAAAGCGAGAUUGAGAAGUGUGAAAAAGAAAUCAUUUCGUAUAAAAACUUAAGGCCUUAUCUUAGAAUAGGUGAGAAAAAUUACGAACUCAAAAGUUUCAAAGAAGAUAGUAUACUUAACUGGCUUUUUAGUCAUUUAGAAGAAGAUAACGAUAACAAGGAAUCGGACACAAAAGGGUCAGCAGAUAUUGAAGAUUGGGAGAAGUUCGAUGAUAUCACAAUUACAGAAGAAAUAGAAACAUGUUUCUCUGAAAAAUGGGGUUUGAAAGAAAUUGAAUCGCUGUUGAAUAGUAUGAAGUAUGUCAAGGAUGUAACCGAUGAUCAGACCGAACUAGAAAAGAUGACUGAUCGGUUUGAAAUGCAGAUUAAAAGAAUAAGAAGAAGAUUGAAUUGUUGGAAAAAAUACCGAACGUUACAAAAUAACAACAAUAAGGAAAGUAUGUUAGAAGAGGUAAAUGAUAUAUACAGUUUAAAUACAGAACAAAGAUGGCGGCUUUACUACAAUGCGGUUGAACUUUUGAAAAGUGAAUUAAUGGUCAAAAUGAAUGCUUUACUGGAACAGCACAAUACAGCGAAUCAAGAACUGAACGAAGUAGCUACAUCGAUAGAUGGUGAUGUCAUGAAAACUGUGAGGGUCGUUGGAGUCACCACCACCACUGCAGCCCGGAGACAUGACCUAAUGAGGAAACUACUGUCUCCUAUCGUGAUCGUAGAAGAAGCGGCCGAAGUUUUAGAAGCGCAUAUUGUUUCGUCAUUGACGCAGCAUUGUCAACAUCUCAUACUCAUUGGAGACCAUAAACAACUGCGCCCAACAGCGGCUCACUACAAACUAGCCAAGGACUACAAUCUAGAAAUAUCUCUGUUCGAGCGGAUGAUAAGGAACGGUGUCCACGCUCGAACCCUCACCACCCAGAGGAGGAUGAGGCCUAACUUUGUACCGUUGAUUGUACCAGCCAUAUACGACAGCCUGCAUUGUCACCGCAACGUGUACGAUUACCCUGACGUGAGAGGAAUGAAGCAUAAUUUAUAUUUCUAUACACAUGAUGUAUUUGAAGACUCUGAGGGUAUGGAAGACAGUUGGAGUCACAGAAAUACUCUAGAAGCGAAAUGGUGUGUCGCAUUAGCAAAUUACCUACGAAACUCUAUGUACCGCUCUGAUGAAAUCACUAUACUCUCCACUUACACCGGACAAGUUUCACUUAUUAAAGAUAUGAGUAAAAAAUACACAUUACUACGAGACGUGAGAAUAACAGCCGUAGACAAUUACCAGGGAGAAGAGAAUCACAUAAUAAUAUUGUCUUUAGUAAGAAGUAACAGAGACAACAAGAUCGGAUUCUUGAACGCUCCCAACAGGAUCUGUGUGGCUUUGUCGAGAGCUAAAGAAGGUUUUUAUAUAUUCGGCAAUAUGAAUGUUCUAAAAUCUGCAAGCAAUAUUUGGAAGCAAAUUAACGAGAAGCUAACGGAGCAGAAUGCAAUUGGAAAUAAAAUCAGCCUGUACUGUGAGGAACAUGGAAGCAGUCUUGAUGUUGCAAACGUAGAGGAUUUCGAAAAUUGCCGUCCACCUGGAACUUAUGGUACCUGCAUAAAGAGUUGUCCAUUAAAAUAA